AGCGUUGCCGAUUUGGCUCAAGAAUCAGCGCGGAGCCUCCCGCAGCCGCAGCGGCACCCCUCGAAGCAACGACGGCGGCAACAGCGUGUCCGUUGCUCGCGGAGGAGCCUGGUCGCGAUACCAGUCCUGCAGGCGGUGCGAGUGGGAACCGCUUGGCCGAGCGCGACUGGGUCUGCUGCUGCGGCUCGAGGAGUCGUGCACCACGCGCAACGAGCCCCUAUCGGCCAUGGCGCCUCGCCGCCUCGCGGCCGCAAGGCUGGCGCAGGCGCUGGCAGCAACAGCGCGCUCCAGCUCCCCAGCUCCGUGCUGGACUUGGCGUCCGAGGCCAUCGCUGGCGCAGCAGCCGCUGGUGGCACGGCCCCCGAGAAGGUGCAGCAGGCCUUCUGGCCGUGCAGCAGCAUGCGGAGAGGCCGCCGCCGCCACAGCCGCCGAGCCGUCCUCCGAGGACGCCUUCCGCAGAGCGUCGGGCGUGUGCAAGGACCUGCACAGGCGCCACCGGAGCGCAGUGGAGCAGGUCCCUCGGUGCCGCAGGGCCCCUGGCACGGCGGAAGCUCGCGAGCAGCGGCUGCGAAGCAGAAGGCCGCCAGCGCCUGCGCUGCUGCCGCCCUCUGCCGCGGGGCCGUCAGCCGGCUCUGCGGCGGACCUCGUCCAGCUCUCCUGGGGCGACUCCGCCUUCGAGGACGAGGGCGCGGAGGAGCUCGACGAGCUCCAGUCGCACUCCACCGGAGUCAGGGCCACGCUCGAGCAGGCCAAGACCCUGGCCGAGCAGAGCCGCCAGCGAGCAGCCAACAAGUGCAAGGGCCCUGCAGGCCCAGCCGCGCCUGGGGCGGCAGCUGCGGAGUCUGCAGCGGGCCCCGCCCAGGCCACCCCCGCCGCCGCGCAGCCUGCCGCCCCCAGCAUGGCUGCCACCACUGCGGCAUCGACCACACCGCCGCAGCGGGAGGCAGCCAAGCUCAGCCAGGCCAAGGUCCGAGCCGCUGAGCAGGCGACCGCUGCAGCCUCCGCCGCGGUCAAGACCAAGGGCCAGGAUGCAGCCGCUGCCGCG